GUUGGUAGAUGUUCGUCAGCUGACGACGAUGCCGCGAGGAUGUCUCGUGGCCAUCGGUGAACGACGACGACGACGACGCGGACGACGAGGAGCGUAGGUGUCCGUCCGGUUCGGUACCGGGGUUGGAGGGUUGCGAUCGGAAUUCGAGGAUGUUCGGAGCGGAACGCUCGUCGAAGGGCAAUUUCCUGCAACAGAAGAAGGCAGCGCGGGAGGACCGGGCCCACGAGAAGCGCAGGGAGGCCGCGGCCACCCUGAUCCAGGCCCAUGUCAGGACCUGGCUGACCCGUGUCCGCUUCACCAAGCGGAUACUCGAAGAGUUCGACAACAAUUUUCUCGAUGACACCGGCGGCACCGAGACCGCGAUAGAAUUGAAGCCUGCUCUGGAUGUGUACAGAAUUAUCUCUAGAUUUUUGUUAAUAUAUAAAAGAGAAAGGGAUCAAGAGAGAAUAGAGAGAGUGUGUAGAUACCUUGUGCUCACUCUCGACUCGGAGUCACCGAAAAUAUCCUACGUUGGAGUUGCACUCAACAAAGAUCACUACAUAUCAUGGAUAUCGCAGAUGAAGACGGUCCUGCAUCACUGCCUCUGCGGCCUGGAGAACCUCAAGCCGGAGAGGGUGUCGGACCACAAGUCGAUAUUGCUUCGCCUUCACACUCUGGUGAGCUUCACGUCACCAGGCACAUGGGCUAUCCAGAGGGUGAAGGGCAUGGAUAAACUGAAGGCUGGCAUGAACCAGCUAUGUGCGAACAUCAUGGGCCAUUUGGUUAACAACGGGUUUUAUGCCACCAUGCAGGCUCUGUUAGUGAGGGGAUUGGGUAGAGCGAAGAUCGCUUUGAAACCGGUCACGCUUUCAGCAGCUGUUACCUUGACGCUGAGACCGCUCAUGUCUUCACAGAUGUCAGACAAGCUGGUGUCCUUAUUCCUAAUUAACAUCUUCAGCGUGCCGGCGCUGGUUUAUCACUUGAACAUUCUGUCACCGGAGUGCAUUUCAUCUUUCAUCGCGAACAAUCUAUUCGCGAGGAGUCUGGAGCUGCUAAAUUCCGAGCAGAACUUGAGGAUUGUCUUCAACGCUCUAGAGGGAAGUUACGCGCUCUGCUUGCUCGCAAAUCUAAUACAGCUGGCGAAUAUCGAGAGGGAAGAAGUGCUGAGGGAGCUCUAUUUUCCUUCUUUUACGUUCGUGGUGACGAAGAUGCUGGAAGCGUGUCAACAAUACGUGGUGGCCAAACAGAGCAAUUUAACGCAUUGGCAUCCUGUGCUGGGUUGGUUCGCGCAAACCAUCGACACGUCCUUGCAAGAGGCUAUUCCUUCGGUAAAAUUGCAAUUAGCCUGUCUAUGGACCGGCACUAUCGUCUCACAACUGAUCGAGCAGCCACUGACCGAACUCGUGGAAAAAGAAGUGCCACCCACGGUGGAGCAACAGAGUACCUCGGUGGGCGCCAAUAUCUUCCGACGAGCGUUUUUGGAGGCGCGUACAAAUAGGAACAACAGCACCAAAAACUAUAGGAAGCUGGGCAGCCCCGAAACCACCAAGAUAGCCUUGAUCUGUUCGCUGUAUCAAACGGCGUUACACACCCUCACGCAGAUGAAGGUGGAGAUACUGACUGGUCUGUGCUACCAGGACAAGAUUCUGUACCACAUGUGGUUGUUUCUGUGCACCCUGGGACCACAUUGCGGCCUGAAGGCGUUCUUGGAUCUCUUGGCGGCCAAUACUAAGUGCACGGCGCCCGAGUUCCAGAUGUUGAUACUGUUCUCCGAUUGUAUGACGCAUUAUGUGACUAUUCUAGACGAUAUGGAAAUGUACGAGCAGCAGGACCCCUUUAAGCUCACAGAUUUCGUCACCAUAUCGUGCUUCCUAAACCAGUUUUUAUACAAAGCAGUUCUCACUAAUUUAUUCGACGUGAAGUCGGUGUCCAGCAAUCCUCUGUUCAUCUCGCUUCACACUCUCCUCAUGGCCAUCUACCGGCGAGAUUGCCGUCGCACGUUCUGUCCGGAAGGCCAUUGGCUGGCUAAGGAGGUGCGAGUGUCCGGUUUCCUCGCCGAUCUGGAAAAGGGUCGACGUGGCGCGGCGCUCUUACUCUCCAAGAUGCCCCACGUGAUACCUCAUUCCGAGCGAGUCGUGUUGUUUCGCAAGCACAUAGCCGACGAGAAGGCGGUGAUGGGCUUGACUGAGAGCGCCUGCAACAGUCCGCCGACUACUCUCAUCGUGGUGCACAGGACACGAAUAGUCGAGGACGGAUACAGGCAGCUGGCUAUGCUGCCGUCACAGGCGCUCAAGGGUGUAAUUAGGGUACGCUUCGUGAACGAGCAGGGCUUGGCCGAAGCCGGUAUCGAUCAGGACGGGGUCUUCAAGGAAUUUUUGGAGGAGACAAUAAAGCGGGUGUUUGACCCAUCCCUAAAUCUGUUCAAAGCCACCAGCGAGAACCGACUCUACCCGUCUCCCACGUCUUUCAUGCAGGACAAUCACUUGCAACUGUUCGAAUUCGUCGGGCGGAUGCUCGGCAAAGCAGUUUACGAGGGAAUCGUCGUGGAUGUGCCUUUCGCAUCGUUCUUCGUCUCCCAAUUUUCCGGGCAGGCGGGCGGUGCGCUGUACAGCUGGCUCGACGAGCUCGCGUCUCUGGACCGCGACCUGUAUCGCAGUCUAACCCUGGUGAAGCAUUACAAAGGUGACGUGAGGCAGCUCGAGCUGACGUUCUCGCUGGAUGAGGACGUGCUCGGCAAGCUGAUCACGCACGAGCUGAUCCCCGGCGGACGAACUACAGCGGUCACUAAUCAAAACAAGAUCCAUUACAUUCAUCAUAUGGCACACUACAGGAUGCAUCAUCAGAUCAAGGAGCAAACGACGGCCUUCAUCAAAGGAUUUCGCUCGAUCAUCAAUCCCGACUGGCUAUCGUUAUUCUCCACGCCCGAGUUACAGAGACUGAUCUCGGGUGACAACGUUCCCUUGGACUUGCGAGAUCUACGAAGGCACACACAAUAUUACGGUGGCUUCCACGACAGUCAUCGAGUAGUGUGUUGGUUGUGGGACAUCUUGGAGAAGGACUUUACGGAAGAGGAGAGAGGUUUGUUCCUGAAGUUCGUGACAAGUUGCUCGAAGUCACCGUUGCUGGGUUUCGCUCACCUGGAACCACCUUUCUCCAUACGAUGCGUGGAGGUUUGUGACGACGAGGAUACUGGCGAUACCAUCGGUAGUGUAAUUAGAGGUUUCUUCACGAUUCGCAAAAAAGACCCGCAGAACCGACUGCCCACUUCGUCCACGUGCUUCAACCUACUUAAGCUGCCCAAUUAUCAAAAGAAGAGCACGCUACGGGAGAAGUUACGCUACGCCGUCACCAGCAACACCGGCUUCGAGCUCUCGUAGAUCUCUCGGCCGCGCGAUUCUUUCGCAGAGUCGAAAAGCCGAUAAACGCAUUUUCGCACGAAUUUUACCCGCGUGUUACCACGAUCGUUCUCGCGGCACGAUGAUGACGUUCGAAACGAAACGAGAGACAAGUGUAAGUUUCAUUGACACGUACUGUGGAGCCGAUUCUUGAAGCCGACGACGAUUCGUAGCGAGUGAUCGAACGGUGCCUAAGCUGCCCUUACACCGACGUAGCGUGAUCCUAAUCGAACUAUCUGUACGUCGAUCUUCGGGAGACGCGGAGUGGCCUGAGAGAGAAGACUCGAUUCUUCUCAGACACGUCGUACACGGGCGACUUCAGCGACUUUGUCCGAAGACGAAUAUGGAUUGUAUCGCAAGGAGGAUUAUGUACAACAUAAGAAUACAUGUUAAUAAAGUUCGUGGGGGAGAGAGAGAGAAAGAGAGACAUAAUUGUUAGGUAUGUGCGUACACGUGUAUAUUUAAAUGAGUUUCUUCGUACGGCGAGAGCUACGUAUUUUAAGAUGAAUUCUGAAUAUGCGAAAUUUGUGCCGAUGGUCUUCAAUACACACGCACGCACGCGCACACACACACACACACACACACAUACACGAGCAUUCAUAUACGAACGAUGUAAAAUACACCGUACCUCAUGAGCUUAAUACCGCUAAUGAUAAUCGUGCGCUUGUUAGUGAAUAGAGAGAGUCGUUGUGGUCGAGAGAACAUCCCCCGAGCGGGGGGAUGUUCUCUCGUGCGGGCCAGGCGACAGUGCGCGCGCGAAACGCACUCGCGACGACGAGUGUCCGCGAGCAAUCAAAAAGACCCGUGAAUUUCUAAGAGUUUCUCCCGUUAGAGGAAGAGGAGCGAAAGAGAACGGCAGCAGCGACAACCAUGCGGUGGUAGGAAUCGCGUUCUAUUUUAAAAGCGACUGCUAUUUUCUCAGGAUUUUUCUACGGACUUUUGGCGACCGCGGCGUGUCGAAUCGACGAUGCCGGCACAAUUUAAGAAUGCGAUUCCCACUGGCACUCGCGGACGAGGAAUCCCGCGGAUCAAGAGAGAGGGGGGGAAACUCGGAGAUUUACAAUCUCAUCGCAAUGUAGAGUCGACGAGAGUCUUACCGAACUCUGAUCCGUGUCGCGGAUUCGCGUGCGUUGCGCGAGUUAAGGGGGAGAAAACUGAGAGGGCACAAGGAUUAUGUCAUCCUGCGGAUGGCGAAGUCUAGGUUAAUUGCCGUUUAUUAUCCCUCUUGCUUUCGAAAAGACGUUCACAUAUGCCCAUUAACAUAGGCUUCGCAAUGAACGCAAGGGACGAUUGACCGGGAGGAGAUUCGACGAGGAGACCAAAGAUAAAGGGAUUACUGCGGCGCCGACGAACGAUUCGAGAUGUAAUCUUCCGCAUAUUUUCCUACGUGAUCGUGCGCGCGUGUUAGGCCCGUGUACCUGCGCACACGCGAUCGCAAUCGCAACUGUGUGAGGAGAGGAAUAUACGAGAGAAAGAGAGAAAUACGCUAAUUUCAUACGACGAUGAGAAUUCGUCACAAUCGUGUAAAUAUAUACACACGUCGCAAA